GGGCCUUGGUAGCACUUGAAAACCAAAUCAAACUAAAUUGAGAGUUCAGAAAGAUUCUGAUUCUCCUCGCUAACCCUCUCUCAACGCAACCCAUUUCAUUUCAAUUCAAUUCAAGCCGUGUGAAUAUGAAAUUGAAACUUGCGCAAGAAAAAAUCAAUUAAAAUUCCCCCCAAAUUCCCGUGCAUGUGUCGUCGCCUAGGGUUUAAGGAGGAGUUUUCUUCAGUCCGAUAAUUACACUCACGACACAACAAUGUCAUUUUCGUUGUUCGCCACGCCGCAGCAGCAACAUCAACCACAACCGCAGCAGUCUCCUUUUCAACCACAGCAAACUAGUCUGUUCCUUCCGCAGCAGCAGCAGCAGUUUCAACCACAACAACAGCAGCAGCCACAUCAGCCACAACAGCAGUUGUUUUUGUUCACUAACGAUAAAACACCCGCUAGUUAUAGUACCAAUUGGGCGGAUCUACAUCCUGACUCCCAGAAGAUUCUCCUUCAGAUAGAGGAGCGGAUAUUGGAGUAUAGGGAUGAAAGCCAGAGACUAGAUCAGUGUAGUCGUCUUUAUGAUUCUUCUGUUUCCAACGAUGGCUUUGAGCUUGACGCGGGCCAUAUUGUUCAGGAACUUGGUGGAAUUAGCACUGGCAUGGAACGACAAAAGACUUUGUUGCAGGAACUGAUGUCCACUGUUAAGGAAAUGCUACGCAAUACAGAGGUUGCUGUUCGUUCCUUUAUGAUACUACGCCCCAGGUUCCUUCAUCCCAGUGGGGGUUCAUCAAGUGCCACUGCCCCAUCACAGACUCCUGGAGCGACUAUAGCACCUGGCUCAAGUGGCCAACCGAUAAAUGCAUCUAUAAUGCCUGUUUUUGAUUUCUACAGUGGUCUUCCAAAGAAACCAUCUCCAUUUUUACAGCAAACAAUUUUAAGAUUUGAGAAGUAUCUUGGCGAGUGCCAUCAGUGGAUUGAAGAGUUAGAGCAGCUGCUUCUUUUGGACUCUGAGAGAAAUGCUUCCAGUAACGGAUCUUCAUUACUACAAUCUCUUCCCAAGGUCAUGACAAAUGUGCAUGACUUUUUUGUUCAUGUGGCUGCGAAGGUGGAGAGCAUUCAUCAGUUCAUUGAAUCUAUGAAAUCAUCAUACCUAGCUGAUCAGCGUCACCGGGGGGAGGUGAAUGACCCGUUUUUGGAGGCAGAUAGGCGAGAAACUGCUAGACAAGAAGCUGCCUCAAAAAGAGUUCAUCCAACAUUACAUUUACCUGCAAAUCCACAACCCUCAACUCAAGUUGCUGGGUUGUUUUCCAGUUCAGGGACUCAAGCAGCAUUGCCUGCCCCACAGACAUCUGCAGCAACUACAUCAUUGUCAUCAGGAAGUGGAUUCUCUCUUUUUAGUACACCAUCCUCUGCUCCAUCGUCUUCUGCGUUGUCAUCUCUAUUUACGACACCAACUCCUGCUCCAGGACCUCAAACCUCACUUUUUGGUUCUGCAACAUCUGUACCUGGCCAGGCAUCAACUCCCUCUCUGUUCGGUAAUACCACUCCAUUGUUUAGUUCAACCCCAGCCACAAAUUCACUCUUUUCAACUCCAUUUGGUUCAGGCGCUGCAACAGGAUCUGGGGCUAGCUUUGGACCUGGAUCGAAAAAUCCACGGGCGAAAUCCAGAACUGCUCGACGCUGAUAAGUGUGAUCUGAAAGCAUAAAGUUGAUUGGAAUCUUUCCUGUUGCCGAGCAAAUAUGCAAUUUUCUUGCUCGAAGCAAUGGUUUUUCCUUAUUAGACGGUCUUAAAUGGUUUUUCCUCUGAAUUGGAAUGUAGAUGUCGCAUUGAGGGCACUGGUACGUAUCGUGGACAAUUGGAUGCGGCCGUGUUUCAGUCCAUUGAGUUCUUCCAUUGGGUAUUUUCUUUUAGCUACUGUUGACCCAUUUUCUUUAACAUUGUAGAUUAAUAUAGGUUAGAUGAUUUUGAAUGCUAUAUGCUGUAGCUUUGCUUUCUUCCUGGUUCCAGGUUGAGUUUGAUACACCCCUCGCUGUUGUAAAAGAUACCAACUGCUUGGAAGAUAUUUGGAUACAUUUUACUGAUAUAUUAUUGUAAACUUGGAGUAAUUGAAGACUUGUUCACUAUUUAA